AUGACCCCAUCCGCGCCAGCUAGUUUGGCUAUCGGUAGGAGCCAAGGGGGCCAAGGAGGAGAAAUUCCUCUCACAAAGGAAGUGAUGGCUGAACAAAUGGCACAAGUCCUCCGGAAUACGUUGCCAAAUAUGCUUAAAGAAAUGUUGGGUGACAGACUUAAGGAUAAUGAAAGUGGGGAGGAAGGAAGCGUUCGACACGAGAACACUCAAGUCCCUGAAAGGGUGGAAGUGUCUGAUAAAGAGAAGGUGGAGUCGCUCAUCAUCGAGAGAACCGAGUUGACUGCAAAGGAGAGAGGAUGCAGUUUUAAAACAUUCAAAGGCACCGGGCCGAAGGAAUUUAAAGGAAUAGAGGGCCCAGUUGGCCUGAUGAACUGGGUAGCCAAGAUGCAGAGCUUCUUCAAAAUUUGUAGAUGUGCGGAAGAUCAAAAGGUGACUUAUGCCACCACAACCUUUGUGGACUAUGCAUUGCAUUGGUGGGAGACUGAGUGUGCUAUCAGAGGUGAUGAGGGCAUUGCUGCCAUGACGUGGGAGCAAAUGAAAAAGACGAUGAUGGAUAAGUACUGCUCGCAAACAGAGGUGAACAAGCUAGAAUCCGAAUUCCUGAGAUUAAAGCAAGGAUCAUUGUCAGUUCAAGAAUAUGUUAACGAGUUUCUUGAAAAAGCGAGGUUCGCCAGUUACCAGGUGGCUACCGAGGAGAGAAAGAUAGGUCGUUUCAAGGACGGCCUAAGAAUCGAAAUCAAACGUUACGUGGACAUGACUAAGCCGACCACUUUCGUACAAGCAAUGGAGAUGGCAAAGGUGGCAGAGGAGAACAACGUUAGAGAGACUGGUGAUAGAAGAGAGGCAAAGAGAAGGUGGGAAGGAUUGAGCAAGUUCAACAAGAAAUCCAAAUGGACUCCUACUCUGGCAAAAACACGAAGUGAGGAAUUCACUAUCCCUUCAUGUAACAAAUGCAACAAGAGGCAUAGAGGAGAGUGCAGAGCAGGGAGCCUGACAUGCUAUAAAUGUGACAAACCGGGGCACACCGCACGAGAGUGCCCGGAAGGAAGGACUUGUUACGAAUGUGGGGCUACGGGACAUUUGCGYCCUGACUGUCCAAARYGUCGCAAURGUGCGACACCCCACGGGAAGACAGUGAAUAACGGAUUCGGGAAGAGAGCGGAAAAUAGGAAGGAGCUACCUAAGGGACACGGCCGAGCUUACAACAUGACUUUGGAGGAGGCCAAGGAAACACCCGACGUCUUAUCUGGUAUGUUCCCUAUSAACAAUGUGUAUGCACAUGUGUUAUUUGAUUCGGGUGCGAAUGGUAGUUUUGUGUCUACUACCUUCUGUCACUAUCUGAAUAGGAGUGCCUGUAGACUAGACAAAACCUACACUGUAGAAACAGUCGACGGUAUUCAGUGUAAGAUAGACGAAGUAUUUGAUGAAUGCACGAUUGUUAUAGAUGGGAAGGAUUUCCCUGUUAGGCUUAUGCCAAUGUGCCUAGGAGGUUUUGACGUAGUCUUAGGGAUGGAUUGGUUGUCCAACAAUCAUGCGCAAAUACUAUGCAAUAAAAAGAUGAUCAAGAUUCAAACUCCGGAAGGAGAAACGAUCCAGGUUUACGGUGAUCGAAAGAAGUGUUGCGUAGGGUUGAUCAAUGCAAUUAAGGCGAAUAAGUGUCUGCGGAAGGGUUGUGUGGCUUACUUGGCAUACACCAUCGACGCCAAGCUCGAAAAGAAGGCCAUACAUGAGGUACCAGUGGUGAAGGAUUACCCAGAAGUAUUUCCGGAUGAAUUACCGGGAAUACCACCGGAACGUCAGGUAGAGUUCCGAAUCGAUUUGAUACCAGGUGCGGUACCAAUCGCGAGGGCACCUUAUCGCUUAGCCCCAACAGAGAUGCAAGAGCUAAUGAAGUAA